UAGUUAAGUAGUAGUAGCCGCAAUGGGGCCAGAAAAAGAAAGUAAGGGUGCUUCAGGAGAGAACUUUUAUCCGAGUGCUGUCGAAACUGAUAAGUGGAUGGCUGCCGCGUUUGACAUGGCCAAAGAUGCUCUGGAGAAUGGAGAAGUUCCAGUUGGAUGUCUGAUGGUCUACAGUGAUGAAGUCGUAGGAAAAGGACGGAAUGAAGUCAAUGAGACAAAAAAUGCGACUCGCCAUGCUGAGAUGGUUGCUCUGGACCAGCUCCUGGACUGGUGUCGCCAUAGGAACCUGGAUGUGAGGAGUGUGUGCAAGCAGACCGCCCUGUAUGUCACUGUGGAGCCGUGCAUCAUGUGUGCUGCAGCCCUACGCCUUCUUAACAUCCCAGUGGUCGGGUACGGCUGCAGGAACGACCGGUUUGGAGGCUGUGGGUCAGUUCUGGACAUUUCGUCUGCAGACUUACCUCAGACUGGGAUCGCAUUCAAGUGUGUUUCGGGUCACAGAGCAGAAGAAGCUGUAGAGAUGCUGAAGACUUUCUACAAACAGGAGAAUCCAAAUGCCCCAAAACCCAAAACAAGGAAGGACUGAGUCACACCCAUGGUAGAUUUACUUUUUAUAAUACUUGUAUUCUUGUUUGUUUGUUUUUGUAAUGCAAUAAAUGAUAAUAAAUC